GUCGGUAAGGAGACGUAGAUUUCCUUGGGGUCCGCUACUGCAGUUGGUUCCCGGCGGGAGCCGAGAGGAAUGGAAGCUUCCUGGCGCCAGGUGGCCGGUGGCCGAGGCCGAGCCCGAGGACGGGCCACCGCGGCCCCUUCUUCAGGAAAUGGAAUCCAUCUCCGCGGCGCCGGAGGAGGGCGAGAGAAGGGCUCAGUGGGCGCUGCUGGACCUGGCCCCAGCCCCAGAGGAGCCGCGACCCCUGCGGCUGCAGGUAGUUCAGCCAGGCGCAGCCCCGCGGGAUCUGAAGCACUGCAGACUUCCGUAGCAUGUGAGCUAAUGUCUCAAAGGAAAUUUGAGGAAAUCAAGAAGGCCAAUCAAGCUGCAGCCAAAAAACUUGUUGAAGAACACUUUAGCUCUUCCUCUGAAGAAGAAGGAGAUGAAGAUUUUGAAGGAAAACGGGGGAAAAUAGUUGCUAAUACAUUUACAAGUUAUACUACUCAGACAGAUGGAGAUAUGCGUGAAUUAGAGCGAACAAGACAGUAUGUCCAUGAAGCUUUCCAAGCAGGGGCUAUGACGUGCUUGAUUUGUAUUGCUUCGGUGAAGAGAAACCAAGCAGUUUGGAGCUGUUCAGGAUGUUUCUGUAUAUUUCACAUGCCCUGUAUCCAGAAGUGGGCUAAAGAUAGCCAGUUUCUGGUAUCUUCUCCUUUGACGGAUGACGAUUUUGGAAAGAGAGAUUAUCCUUGGCCAUGUCCAAAAUGUAGGUUUGAAUACAAACGAUCUGACACACCUAGUAGGUACUAUUGCUAUUGUGGAAAAGUAGAAGAUCCACCUCUAGAUCCAUGGCUUGUGCCUCAUUCAUGUGGCCAAGUAUGUGAGAGAGAAUUUAAACCUCCUUGUGGCCAUAAGUGUUUACUCCUCUGUCAUCCAGGUCCUUGCCCUCCUUGUCCAAAGAUGGUCACAACUACUUGUUACUGUAAAAAAGCAAAACCUAUACCUCGUAGGUGCAGUACUAAGGAAUGGUCCUGUCAGCUGCCAUGUGGGCGGAAGUUGCUUUGUGGACAACAUAAAUGUGAAAAUCCUUGUCAUGCAGGAAAUUGUCUGCCCUGUCCAAGAGUUAGUAGACAAAAGUGUGUCUGUGGGAAACAAGUAGCUGAAAGGAGCUGUGCGAGUCCACUGUGGCACUGUGACCAAGUAUGUGGAAAAACCCUGCCAUGUGGUAAUCAUACAUGUGAGCAAGUUUGCCAUGUUGGUGCUUGUGGAGAAUGUCCUCGAUCUGGGAAAAGGUUCUGUCCAUGUCAGAAGUCAAAGUUUUCUUUGCCGUGUACAGAAGAUGUACCAACUUGUGGAGAUAGUUGUGACAAAGUACUUGAAUGUGGAAUCCAUAGAUGUUCACAGCGUUGUCACCGAGGUCCUUGUGAAACAUGCAGACAAGAAGUGGAAAAGCAUUGUCGCUGUGGAAAGCAUACAAAACGAAUGCCAUGUCAUAAGCCUUAUCUAUGUGAGACUAAGUGUGUUAAGAUGCGGGACUGUCAGAAGCAUCAGUGUAGGAGAAAGUGUUGCCCUGGAAACUGUCCACCUUGUGAUCAAAACUGUGGACGGACUUUAGGAUGUAGAAACCAUAAAUGUCCAUCUGUCUGCCACAGAGGCAGUUGUUAUCCCUGCCCAGAAACUGUAGACGUGAAGUGCAAUUGUGGUAAUACAAAGGUGACGGUGCCCUGUGGCCGGGAACGUACCACAAGACCACCCAAGUGCAAAGAGCAAUGUAGUCGACCACCAACUUGCCAUCAUACAAGUCAAGAAAAACAUCGCUGUCACUUUGGCUCUUGUCCUCCAUGUCAUCAACCUUGCCAAAAAGUUUUGGAGGAAUGUGGUCACUUGUGUCCUGCUCCAUGUCAUGAUCAAGCAUUAAUAAAGCAAACUGGCAGGCACCAGCCUACAGGCCCUUGGGAACAGCCUUUGGAGCCAGAAUUUAUUCAGACUGCAUUACCGUGUCCUCCAUGUCAAGUUCCUAUUCUUACAGAAUGUCUUGGGAAGCAUGAGGUGAGUCCACUACCAUGCCAUGCUGUAGGACCUUACUCUUGUAAGAGAGUAUGUGGACGAACCUUAGGUUGUCAGAAUCACACGUGUAUGAAAGAAUGCCACAGAGUAACUGAAAUUGAUAGCUGCGUUGGCAAAAACAAGGCUGGCCCAGAAUGCCUUCAGUGUGAAGAAGGGUGCUCUAAAUCACGGCCUCUGGGUUGUCCCCAUCCAUGUGUUUUGCCGUGUCAUCCUGGAGAAUGUCCUCCUUGUGUUCAGAUGCUUAGAAUAAAAUGUCACUGCAAGAUCACAAGCCUAUAUGUGGAAUGUAGAAAGAUAACCACAGCUGAUGUAAAUGAAAAGAACCUCCUUAGUUGUUGCAAAAAUCAAUGUCCUAAAGAGCUUCCUUGUGGUCACAGAUGCAAAGAGAUGUGUCAUCCUGGUGAAUGUCCCUUUAAUUGCAACCAGAAGGUGAAACUUAGAUGUCCUUGUAAAAGAAUAAAAAAGGAAUUGCAGUGCAACAAAGUACGUGAAAAUCAGAUUUCAAUAGAAUGUGACACAACAUGCAAGGAAAUGAGGCGGAAAGCAUCUGAGAUAAAAGAGGCAGAAGCCAAAGCUGCUCUCGAAGAGGAAAAACGAAGACAACAGGCUGAACUGGAGGCUUUUGAAAACAGACUGAAAGGUCGUCGGAAGAAGAACAGGAAAAAAGAUGAAGUGGCAGUUGAGCUAACGCUAUGGCAGAAAUACAGAUAUUAUCUCCUUCCAGCGUGUACACUUGUGGUUUUAGUGUUUGCAUGGUACAUAGUCCAUGAUGUGGCUUAAAAACUUCUGAUCUGUUCAUAUACCUCAGAUUGGAUUUAGAUAAGUUGUUCACUCUGGAAUAUUAGGAAGUGUAUACUGUAGAACAUAUCUAUUCACAUUCCUCUCUGUAUUUUCUUCCAGCUGUUGUUAAAAGGACAGAAUGUUAAGCUUUAUCUUAAUUAGCAUACUAGAAGUGGCAAUAUAACAUUUUUAAUAGUAAAAGCAUGACUGAAAUUGUAAAAUAUCUCAUAAGCCAUAGCCAUUGGCAGGGUAACACGUCAGUUGUUCAUUGUGCUUCCUUGUGUUAACAUAGUUGUUUUGCUUCCUAUUUCAAACCAACUUUCUUUUUUUUUGCAAAAUUAAGAUGAAACUGAGCCAUAUGUGCAGUAAAGGACUAUGUCACAAUGUUUUGGUUACUUAUUAAAAGGUACUUUUCUUGAUCAUGGUUUCUUGAUCAUGUAACUUUGUACUUUAUUCUCUAAAAGACCUCUUAAAUUGUAACAUGAAGCUAUAUAAUUAGAUUCCAGAAAUUGGUUUAUUAGUGAAGAAUUUUUAUCAGUUACUGAAAUAAAUUUUUAUGUAGUAGGUACCUCAGAGGAAAAUAUAAUUGUUUUUUAAAAAAAGCCAGGCUAGAUUCCUCACAUGUGGCUAUUUCUUGUGUAAGAAGCAUUUAACUGAAGUUUGGCAUGUUUUGUAAAACUUGUAUGUGUCUUUCCAAAGUAAUAAUUAAAAAACCUGGUAUUUAUGAGCAAUAGAUGCUGAGCACAGGGCUUAUGAGCUUUAUAUACUUAUUCUCAUUUCUUCUUACCAUGAUCCUGUAAGUAGAUUUCAGCUGGAAGUAAUCAGUUCUUAUUAAAACAAGCUGAUAGAGAAAUAUCAGUAAGCCAAAUCUGUUUGAAUUGUCAUUUUAAAUGGUUUUGCUAUUUAAUUUUUGUAUGAUUAAUGUUUUCAUUAAAAUUUUUCAUACCAAAUUUGUAACCUAGAAUAUUUACUAUUAUCUAAUAGUAAUAAAAUUAUAGUCAGGAGCCUAUAAUUUUAGGCUAGGUGUUAAUAUCACUGUAUAAAAUCUCUAAUACUUGAUGCAAAACAUAAUUAUUGAUAGACACUAAAAAGUAUAGAAGUAUGUUUUAAACAAGUACAAAGAAGGCUUUCUAAACUUUGCUGACUUUAAUGCAAAAUUUAUGAAUGUUCUGUUCUUUCAUCUAGUGUUAGUGUCUAAAAUGAAAGGGCAGUCAUUCCUUUCAUUAUGGUAUUUGUGUUUUGACUUCAGAUUUUUUUUCUUUCAUACCUUUCUCAAU